AUGCCUCCCGUGCCGUCGCCAGCAUCGCAGAAUCCCAUGGGGCAGCCAAACGCCGUCCACGAGGCUCUCAAAGCCCUCCAGUCGCCCGACAACGCCGUCCGGUCGGCGAGCGAAGCGGCUCUGGCGGGCGUGCCGCUUCCGCAGCUCCUUCCUGCUCUCGCGCAGAGCGUGCGCGAGGACGGCCCUUCGCCUGCGGACCAGCACUUGGCGGCGAUUCUUCUGCGCCGCUGUCUCCAGUCUCGCUGGGGGGAAGUCGAGGGGACGCUCGACGCCGCGGAGGUCGAUGCGCUUCUCCAACGGACCCUCGAGGCUCUCCUUCAAGCGGUCUUGGAGAGCGCCGACGGCAUGGUGAAGAAGAGCGCGGCCGACGCUGCCGCUGAGGUGUGGCGAAGGACGCAGACGCGAAGUCUUGAGGAUGCGCCGUGUGCCGUUGUGGCGCGCUGGCUAGCCGAGCCGGAGCUUGGCCAGCUCGCGACAGCCACAGCGCUCUUUCGGCUGUUUGAUCGUCUAUGCGAAGACGAAGACAUGGCUGCGCGCCUCGCACAGACUCACGGAGUGAAUGUGGCGCGGAAGGUUGCGCUGACGCUCCAAGCGGGACGCGACGGCGGCAAAGAGAUCGAGGGCUGCGUGGCGGCGUCGCUCGAGGUCCUUGUAACGUGCGUGAGCAGCUUGCCGUCGGGGUCGCCCAUUCGCGCGUCCCUCUCUGAUCUCGCGCCGCCGCUCCUCUCCGUUUUGCUCGCCAACCCCUCGCCCGCUCUCUUCGUCUCGGCCCAGCAACUUGCUGAGGCGCUGCCCCAGUUCUUUGCGGGCCACCACGCCCGCCUGCUGGAGCUCGUCGUCCACAUCGUGGGCAACCGCGAAGGCGCACACGACGCAGACGACAGCGACGAUGUGAAACCUGUCGCGCUCCGCCUAGCCGUUUCCGCCAUCAUCAGUGCACCCAAAUGGGCAAGGAAAAAUCUGAGCAUCGUGAAGCCUCUUCUGGAAGUGCUGGCGGAGUGUUGCGGUCGCGUGACAGCCGACGAGGAGACGUGGAGCCUGAAGGACCGAGAAGAAGACGAGGAAGACGACAAAUUGUCGCAGGAGGCUCUGGCCCUGGCGACGCGUGUUGCCGAGAGACUGAACAACAACGCAGUCUUGGAGAUGCUCCUGCACAUCUGCACUUCGUUCCUCGCGUCCGGUGACUCGCACCGCCAGCUGGCGGCCCUCGCGCUUCUCGCCGCGCUGCUCGAGGAGGAGCACAGCAGCCUGAGUGUCGUGGCACAUUCGGACGAGAUCGUCUCCGUUUGUCUCCUGCGGCUCCAGAGCCCCCAGGCACGCCUGCGCUGGGCCGCGCUGAACUGCCUCUGCUGCCUGUUGCAGCGAGAAGAGAGAGACGGCGAGGUGACCGAGCGCGAGAAGAACCUGCUCGGCAAUCUCCUCGGGUCCCUCCAGACGGAGACAAACAACCGAUGCCGCAGAAAGGGUUUGCAGGCCGUCGCCGAGUUCUUCUCGAACUUUGCUGGAUCCGAGGAAGACGACGGAGGCAAAGCGAUGGACGCUGCAGUGUAUGGACAAGUGGGUGCACAGCUCGACGCACCGAGAUUGCGAGAUGACGGAGCAGCCUCCAGCGCAGAAACCGGCAAGGGAGAAGGGAAGACGGAGAUGAAAAAAAGGAGCGGGAGCGACGGGAAGCAGCGGCCUGUGGGUGGUCAGAAGCUCGCCCCGUACAUCGACACUGCCCUCCAAAAUGCGGUCGUGCCUCUUUGCGACAGCAGCGACGCACAAACGCAGGAACUCGCCCUCGCUGUGGGCUCCGUCCUUGCUCAAGUCAGCGGCCAGCAUUUCCAGCGCUUCUUUUCCUUCUUCAUGGGCGCCGUGCGCCGCCUGCUCUCGGUGGAUUUCGCGUCCUUCCUGCAAACGCAUCCCCAUGGCUGUUCGCUCCUCGAAACGGUCGUAGAAUUUGCCGGCGCCCUCGCGGCUGCCGUCGGCAUGGAGGUCUUUGCGCCCGAUGCACCCUGGCUGCUGGAGCGCCUGGUGGAGAUCCAGAACGUUUGCUCUCAAGGCACCGCAGACGCCUCGCUGCAGGCGACGGCCAUGGAGGCUGUGGGCGUCGUGGCCAAGGUGAUGGGCGGGGCAGCGGUGCGCUUCUUGCCAGCAAUUUCGCCCAUCGUCCUCGCGAAGGUUCGCCAGCAUGUCGAGUGCAACUUUGCCGAGGCGAUUGCGGCGGGGGGAGAAGCCGGGGCCAAGAUCAGCGAGGAAGGGCGGAUUUCGAAAGUGAACAUCACCGACAAGAGCGGCAGGCAGACCGUCAUUUCCAUCAACACGGCAGCUGUGGAAGAAAAGUGCGCAGCCUUGCAACUCCUCGGGACUCUGGCCACCAGCGUCGCAGGGCAGGUCGCGCCCGCCACUGCCGCCGAGUGGGCGGCGGCGGUGACUGCGGAGUCCCGCGCCCAGUUCGCUCUGAUCCGAAAGGAGGCUUUCCAGGCACUUCCUGCGAUCGUGAAUUGUUUGUCUGUGUCGGACGCGGCGCAAUUCGUGAGGCUGUCCCGCGAGGCUCUGGCCCUGGUGGUGGAGGCGCUGAAGGAGAACAACGCGCGACACUUGAGCGACUUUGUCCUUCCCGCGGCAACGCGACUCGUGCAGAAUCUCUCGACGGAGAAGGAGAGGAAGGAAGCGUGCCGAGGCCUCGCGGCUCUGGGGGAGAGACAGGACGCAGGAGACGGGCUGGCAGCUGCAGAGACGGUCUUCACCGCGGAGGAGCGAAGAGCUUUUCUCGCACAGAUCUUCGAGGCGAUGGGCCGCUUCGUCAUUCCAAUUUUGACAGAAGAAUUUGAAAUCCUCGCCUCGAAAGAAGGCGAAGACGAUGAGUGGGAGAACGUCGAUGAAGAUGAGGAAGAAAAAGCCGAGGCGGCAGCGGAGGCCUACGACGCUGUCAUGCAAACCGCAGGCGCCCUCUUCAAGCUGUACGGAGCCGAGUGUUUGCCCGCCUUCGACGCGCACCUGAAGAUGCCUUUCGGCGCGCUGCUCGCGCACGAACAGGCGAACCCUGGAGGAAAGGUUUCCGCGCUCUGCAUCUUCGCCGACGCCAUCAAUUACGCAGGCGCAGAAGCUGGGAAGAUGUACGGCGAGGUGGUCCUGCCGGCGGCGCUUCUCACUGUCUGCCCACCCUCGGAGGCUCUCGUCGAAGACGACGUCUUUGCCAUCAGUGCAGCGGCCUACGGCAUCGGCGCCUUGGCCAUGCACAGUCGCGAGACUUUCCUGUCACGGCGCGAGGGCGCCGUCGAGGCUCUCACCCGCGCCCUGCAGUCGCCGGUGCUUCAGACAGACGCCUGCCGAUCGGCAGCGGACUGCGCUGCAUGCGCGCUCUUGAAAAUUGCUCUCCUCUACACUCGCGAAGUUGGAGAACAAAGCGCGACAAUCUUCACUGAACUCCUCAAGCGAUGGUUCCCUCUGAAGGACGACACACAAGAGAUCGACGCUUCAAUCGAGUUGCUGACCAACAUGGUUACAGAGAACCAUAUUCUCCUGCAAGCUGCGUCAGCUAAAGACGAGUGUCAGCAGGUGCUUCGUGCGCUGCUUGCCGACAAGGCGAAAGAGGCAGAGACCGCUAAAGACGAGGACAAGAAACUCCUUGCUACAUGGAAAAAAGCUCGCUUGCAAAAAGCUCUCGAACUUAUCCGCUAA